AUGGACACCUGGUUCUCCGUUAAGGGAUUCACCCCAAUCGCUCAUGACCCUGAGGCCCCGUUUCUGCCAGGGGAGCAUCAUUUCCUUUUGGAGGGCCGUGACGAGCCGCAUUGGCGCAGUCACGGAAAGCAGAUAAUCACUGGCCAGAUCAAAGGCAGACGCGCUCAGGGCACCGACAGCAUGGGCUGUCGUAGUGAAGAACGCGAUUCACGUCGCCUAGGACCGCACGCAGUGGAGGCGCCAUAUGGUCACGAUCCUCGGCAU